AUGCCAUCUAAAUCAACACAUUUCGUUAGUUAUAAACAACGACAUUGUACGGAUAUAUUUUGUCUUAUUUUAUUCAUUAUUUUUAUUUUUAUUUAUGGAUUUAUAUCUUUAUUAACAAUAAGUCAAGGUAAUCCAAUAAGUUUAAUUCAACCAAGUGAUUCAUUAGGUAAUAUAUGUGGACAAGAUGAAUUCAAAUCUAAACCAUAUCAAAUUUAUUUUGAUAUAAGUAAAUGUUUAACUGAUGGUGGUCUUGGAUUUCUUUGUCCAACAACAAAAUUAUGUGUUAGUUCAUGUCCAAAACAUUAUUCACAUUAUCAAUCAUUACAAACAAUUGAAAAUGCUGGUUAUUUACCAAAAAAUUAUACACGUCGACAACUGAUAUGUAUGUAUGGUUUUAAUCCAAUAACUGAUAGUCGAACAAUAAUUGAAUUAGUUAAUAAUGGUCUUUGUGCACCCUAUACAAUAGAAUCAGAACCAUUUCUUGGUCGAUGUUUACCAGCAAUGUUUAUAAACUUAUUUGAUUAUGAAAAUCAUCAAACAUCACAAGCAAAUGUAUCCAUUACAGAUAUCAAUACUCAUAUGUUCGGUAUUGAUAGUAUAUCUGAUGUUGGUCGAGUAAUAUUGGCUGAUCUUGAUCAAAUUAAAGAAAGUUUAGCCUUAUUUAUCCUGGUAGCUUGUGUACUUACUUUGCUCUAUAUGUUUGCUGUAAAACAAUUAACUCGUUUAAUUGUGACUCUAACAAUUAUUUUAUUUCUUGUAAUAUUAUUUAUUUGCAGUUCAUUUUGCUGGUAUACAAUUUAUACUGGACAAGAUCUUGUUUAUGAAUAUAGUACAGUUGCAAGAAUUGUUAAUGAUUUUAUUAAAUUACGAACAAUUUAUAUGAUAUUUGGUUGUAUAACAACAUUUAUAUUCCUUCUUAGUUUAUUCGUUAUAUGUACUUUAUUUGAUCGUGUACGAUUGAGUAUAAUAUUAAUAGAUCAAGGAACAAAUGCUGUUUUUUCUGUUUUAAGUACAAUUAUUUGGUCACCAUUAAUAAUUAUAAUAUAUUUUCUUUUAAUAUUACUUAUUAUUUAUAUUGAAAUGUGUUUAUCAACAGUUGGUAAACCAAUAUUUCGUUUAAUUGACAAUAAUCAAACAAUACCUUGUUUACCAAAUAUAAAUUCAACAGAAUGUCUAUUUCAACAAGAAUAUGGUUAUGAUUCAUUAAUAUUAAAUGAUACAGAUCCUAUAACACGUAGUAUUAUUGAAUUUCUUGUUGAUAAUAAACAAUAUCUUAAAUGGUUUAAUUUAUUUGCUUUUUUAUGGUUUAGUGCAUUUUUAUUUGCAUUUGAAGAAAUUGUUUUAGCUGGAGUUUUUUCAAAUUAUUAUUGGUCAAAAGAACGUUUAACAACAUUAUAUCCACUUAUUUAUUCAAUAUGUAUUAUUAUACGAUAUCAUUUAGGUUCAAUUGCAUUUGGUUCAUUACUUAUUUCAACAUUAAGAUUUAUACGUAUAAUACUUGAUUAUAUAAGUCAAAAAUGUUCAAAUAUUCAACGGAAUAUUGUUAUUGAAUUUAUUGCAAAAUGUUUUUCAUGUUUUUUAUGGUUAUUUGAAAAAUUUCUUAAAUUUCUUAAUAAGAAUUCUUAUGUAUUAAUUGCAUCACAUGGUUAUUCAUUUUGUAAAGCAACACGUAAAGCAUUUAUUUAUAUAAUUAGUAAUUGUCUUCGAUUUGCAAUUCUUAUUCAUUUAACUGAAUGGAUUCUAUUUUGUGGUAUAAUUAGUAUAUGUACUUGUAAUGCAUAUUUAUUUUAUCAAUAUCUUCAAUGGACAGAUGAAUAUGAUCAACUUAUUCUUCGUUGGAUACCAAUUGUUGUUAUUCUAUUAAUUACUUAUCUUAUCACAAGUCUUUUCUUUAGUGUUUAUGAUAUGGCAAUAAAAACAUUAUUUGUAUGUUUUCUUCAAGAUUUAGAUGAAAAUGAUGGUUCUAUUCAACAUCCAUAUGUAAUGAAUAAUGAACUUUUAAUAGACGUGCAAUUAGUUGUUGCUGAUUUGCCAGGAAGAGCGAAAAUUAGUUGUUUAAAUGGACAUUCUGGUUUCUAUGCCUGUGGAAAUUGUUUGUUGGAAGGAAUUCGAUGUUUACAUCAUCAACAUACACUGUAUACUUGGCUCCAUUAUUCUCGAAUAGAACCUGAUCUUCGUACUCAAUAUCAUAUUGAUGCUUGUGCUUUACAAGCAGAGCUUUCAGGCAAAAAGUAUUAUGGUGUUCAUAGAUCAUCACCUUUAUCUCGAGUUUUAUCAAUACCAGAUCAGUGCGUUUAUGACUACUUUCAUCUCAUAUUUGAAGGUCAUACAAUAAUGUUGCUCAAAGAGUGGAAACUGUUACUGAAACAAAUCAAUAUCGCUUACAUCGAUGAUUUACUUAAUAAUGUUGAUUAUCCACAUGAUUUUCAUCGAAAGCCAAAAAAUUUCAACUCAUUUCAACAAUGGAAGGGAAGUGAUUUACGAACUUUUUUCCUUUAUCUUGCACUUCCAUUAAUUAUUCGACUGCAACCAGCAUUGUCAAACAAGCUUAUUUAUCAUUUUUCAUUAAUUCUAGUUUAUGUUCGAACACUCCGUUAUUUCCAGAAUCAUCGUCAAAUUAACCACAUGAAAAUGUUUAUAAAUGAAUAUUUGAAAAUGUUUAGUUCUAUAUACGGUCGUUGCCGUGAACUACUAUCGACGCAUAUUUUAGUUCAUCUUCCACAACAAUGUAUUAGACACGGAGCAUUGAGUUUUCAUAGUAUGUUUCCAUUCGAAAGCCAACUACAUUAUCUAAGAAAAUUGGCUCAUGGUACCAAUUCACUUGCACAACAAGUCGCUUUUUGGUACACGGUUGAUAAACGAUUGAAUAUGACAAAUAAGUACACUAUUGAUUUGCUGACUUUGCAACAGUUACGGCAUGAUCCUUUUUUUGAUGAAGAUGUUCGUAUUCGUUAUCAAGGUAAAUUUCGACAUGCAUUUUACUUGUUUUUUGACCAAACUAUAGACUCUUCAUUGGAAUAUGCUUCACGUCUUCAAUUUGGUAUCCAACUUUAUCAUUCAUUAUCUUACAGUCGUAAGAAAAAUACUGCUAGUUAUAGGAUUUGUGUUCCUAAUAGACGCUACAAUCAAGAUAUUAGUUCAACAUUUUCUCAACGUACAUCAACACACCAAGAAAAUAAUUACCGUCGAUCUCGACCAGCAACUCGUUAUCCUGAUAGUCCAAUCUUAUCACCAUCCGUCAAACGAAAACAUGGUGAAGUAUCUGUAGGCGAGACACUCAUUCUUGAAAAACUCGAUCAAAUUACUGAAAAACUUAUGAUACUCGAUGAAAAUAAUGUAGGAAAAAUGAAAAAAAUAAUGAAAACUCAAGAUAAAACACAAAAAAUUGUUUAUCGACUUGCCUAUGGACACAAAUAUACUGCUGUUACAAUUCCUCCAUCAUCUGAACAAUCAGAACCUGUGGUAAGUGUAAAAGUACUUAUUCGUCCUUUUAAUAAACUUUCAGAUGUAUUACAGAGAUUCAAUGGUAUAAAUCUUUCUGAAGGUGCUGAUCUCGAAAAACGUCCGACAGGCUUUUUAUGUAAAUUGAUUCGUCGUUUAUACACAGCCGAUGAAAUAGAAAAAGGAAUAGUACAAGACGAACGAAUAACUGCUAUUAAAGAAAGUAUAAGAAAAUCUUAUUAUUCAGAUGAUCAGAGUAAUGCAAAUGAAAAUGCUAAUGAUAAUAAUCAAGCAGCAAAUAACAAUGUACAUAAUUAA